AUGCGUCUCCAAAGCAUCCUCGCCGCCCUGGCAGCCACGGGCUUGGCCGGCGCCGCGCCCACGAGCCUUGAGGAAGAGCACGACGGCAACUUCAAGGACGAAAUACUCGCCGCGCACAACUUCUUCCGCAGGCAGCACGGCGCGGAUCCCUUUUCCUGGAACCAGAAGCUGGCACGUGGCGCUCAGGACUGGGCCGAGACGUGCAACUUUUCCCACGAUAGCGCCGGGGAGAACCUCGCCGCCAUGACCGGAUUCCCCGGCUGGGCCGCCUUUGUCAACAUGUGGGGAGCGGAGCGGACAAAGUACAACUGGGCGAACCCGGGCUUCUCCAUGAACACGGGCCACUUCACGCAGGUGGUGUGGAAGCAGACGCGGUCCCUCGGGUGCGGAUGGAAGAAGUGCUCGGGCGGCUGGGGCAAGGCCAACGGCUUCUACGUCGUGCGCAAGUAUGACCCUGCCGGCAACUAUGGCGGCCAGUAUGCCCAAAAUGUGGGCAAGCAGGCCGAGGGGAAGCCCGGCGAUGUGUACGCGUGGCACGAGUAG